GUCCUCAUUCCCAUACGUGCCAGAGCCAAAGCUAGACCACCGUCGGCAAAGACGCUCCCCGCGUUGUUUCCAGAGACGAAAAACCAAAUGCAGGGGUCCGUUCUGAGGAUGGGGCCAUGCGGCGGCGGCGGCGGCCACGACAGGGACAUGGACAUGCGCGGCGUCAACCGUGUGGUCAAGCUGGUCAUCCGCCACGGCGACACCGUCGACGCCAUCUCCGUCCUGUACGAGCGGAACGGCCGGGAGGAGUGGACCGACCUGUGGGGAGGACAAGGGGGAACGCUCUCUGAGAUCUGCCUGCGGCCAGACGAGCACUUCACCGGCGUCGUGGGCCACUACGGCGAGUUCGACGGCAGCUUCGUCGUGAGGUCGCUCACUUUCGUCAGCAACGCCCGCAGCUUCGGGCCGUACGGGCAGGAGGACGGCGUGCCGUUCGCGCUUCCCGCGGCCGGCGGCAAGAUCCUCGGCUUCCACGCGCGCUCCGGCCGCCGCCUGGACGCGCUCGGCACCUACGUCAAGAUGGCAGAUCAGUCGCGAAAGACCCCACGGAACUGAUCAUCACCUUGCCCAUAGAAGUUCAAGUUCCUUAUUGUACGUGCGUAGUGCAUCUUAUCUCAAUAGUUACGGCUACUCCAGAAGUGCGGCGAAUCUGCACCCGGGCUCAGCUGCACCCGCGCUCACGGAAAUAAUCAAAGAAAAUACUAGAA